CUCGGGCCCAGGGUGUCCGCUGCCUUCCGCCCGCUGGUGUCCCCCGGCGGCGGUGGGAGCGGAGGAGGAGCGGCUCGGAGCGAGGAAGCGCCGCCAGAAGCCAUGUCUGCGCCCACCGGGCUGCCGCCUCGGCCCGCAGGUGCCGUCGCCGCUUACCCGGGCGGGCCCGUUGGCUCUCGGGAGGCCGCGGCCCCUCAGAGCGCUGCGCCGCACUGCCAGAACGGUCCUGUGCAGAGUCAAAUGCAGUUCCCUGCUGGCUACGGCUCACAUCCUCCGAACUACAGUGCACCCUCAGGACACUAUUCCCAAGUGCCCAAUAAAGCUGUUUCAUCACCUUUGGAUAAUCAAUAUAGAGCCAGUUAUCAGUCUCCUUACUAUUCAGCACCAGCACAAAAUGUUAUGACGCCACUCGUGGGAACCAAUGUGUUGAAUACACGGGAAUCACAGCAGUUCUACAACAAAACUCCUCCCCGUACAGUGGGGUUGACUGAAGGACCCGUUCAAGGAGCAAUACCAUCUGGAUCCUACUUGCAUACAAGUGCUCAGCAGUCAUAUUCUGCAUUUGGUGAUCACUACAACACUUCAGUCAGCUCUUCAGUUGCAUCUCAGGGAUUUCCCCUUAAUUCUGAUCAUUACGCCAUGCCCAUGGUUUCUAGUGCCAUGUAUCCUAAUGUUUCCUAUCCUGCAGCUACUAGCAGCGUGUAUGGGCAGGCAUUUACCUCUCAGAGCCUUCCUGCAGCUGGACAGUUCAAGGAGACAAAUACAUUUUCUAGCCAGAGUACAUCAGUACCUCAUUCACUUCAACAGCACAUUCCUGUGGGAUAUAACUCUACAUUAUCAACUAUUUCAUCUGCUCAGUCCUUUCAGGACAACCUCAGCAAGAAUCUCACUGGAUCCAUUGCUAAAGUAAACAACCAAGUAAACAGAGAUGGCAUUGAUUCUUCACAGCCCGUGCAGUCUGUGAGCCAGAGCGCUCAGCUUACCAAGCCUGGGGUUGGGGCACCUGCUUCCUCUGCUCUGAUAUCCUCAGUGAGGACGCCGGCCCCAGGCCUAUCUUCACAGCCACGAUCGUCACCCUCCAUUACACAGUCACCGGACUCAGCCCUUCAGGAAGGCAUGCAGUAUGGUGGAUAUGUUAAUAAUCAAGCUAGCACUGCACCAACUCCCUUGUCAUCAAGUUCAGAUGAUGAGGAAGAGGAUGAGGAGGAUGAGGAAGCAGCACUUGAUAGUUCUUCUACUACUAGCAGUGCGUCUCCUGUUCUGAACAAUUAUGAUGCCCUGGAAGGAGGUGGCUAUCCAGAGACACGCUCUGUGACCAGCAGCCCAGUUCCUACUCCACCAGCCCCUCAAACAUCCAAAACUUCCAAGCCCUUUGGUUAUGGAUAUCCAACACUGCAACCUGCCUACCAAAAUACAGCACCACCUACUCCUGUGCAGCCCACUAAUCCAAGCCACCAUCCUGGGUUUCAGCAUUAUCCGCAGCAAUAUCCAGGUGUGAACCAGCUGUCCUCUUCCUUAGGAGGGUUAAGUCUGCAGCAUUCUCAGCAGCCAGAAGGCUUGAGGCCUGUAAACCUUACACAGGAUAGAAAUAUUUUACCUGUAUCUUCAGUUCCAGCUCCUGUACCGAACUUGAAUUCUGAUCUUAGGAAAUUAAACUGCAGUCCGGAUUCAUUUCGAUGUACAUUGACAAAUAUUCCACAGACGCAGGCUUUGUUAAAUAAAGCUAAACUUCCUCUGGGUUUGCUGCUACAUCCCUUCAGAGACUUAACGCAAUUACCAGUGAUAACAUCAAGCACAAUAGUGAGGUGCAGGUCCUGCAGGACAUACAUCAACCCUUUUGUUUCUUUCAUUGAUCAAAGGAGGUGGAAAUGCAAUUUAUGUUAUAGAGUUAAUGACGUCCCUGAAGAAUUUAUGUAUAAUCCUCUGACGCGAUCUUAUGGAGAGCCGCACAAACGGCCAGAGGUCCAAAAUUCUACAGUGGAGUUCAUUGCUUCCUCUGACUAUAUGCUUCGUCCUCCUCAGCCUGCGGUGUAUUUAUUUGUUCUAGAUGUCUCUCAUAAUGCAGUGGAUGCUGGAUAUUUGACAAUAGUCUGCAAUUCAUUGCUGGAAAACCUGGACAAGCUGCCUGGAGACUCAAGAACAAGAAUAGGAUUCAUAACAUUUGACAGCACUGUUCAGUUUUACAACUUGCAAGAAGGUUUAUCUCAGCCUCAGAUGCUCAUUGUUUCAGAUAUUGAUGAUAUUUUCCUACCUACACCAGAUGGCUUACUAGUAAACCUCCAUGAAAGCAAAGAGCUAAUAAAAGAUCUGUUGAAUGCAUUGCCAAAUAUGUUCACUAAUACAAGAGAAACGCACAGCGCCUUGGGCUCUGCUCUUCAGGCUGCAUUUAAACUGAUGUCUCCAACGGGAGGUCGGAUAUCUGUUUUUCAAACUCAGUUACCAUCCUUGGGUGCAGGGCUUUUGCAUUCCAGAGAAGAUCCCAAUCAAAGGUCGAGCACAAAGGUGGUCCAGCAUCUUGGUCCAGCAACAGAUUUCUAUAAAAAGUUGGCAUUGGACUGCUCAGGCCAGCAGACUGCUGUGGAUUUAUUUCUCUUAAGUUCACAAUAUUCUGAUCUAGCUUCCCUUGCUUGCAUGUCCAAGUACUCUGCAGGAUGCAUCUAUUAUUACCCAUCUUUCCACCAUAGCCAUAAUCCUGCUCAGGCUGAAAAACUGCAGAAAGACCUUAAAAGAUACCUUACCAGGAAGAUAGGAUUUGAGGCGGUUAUGCGCAUAAGAUGUACAAAAGGUCUCUCAAUACACACUUUUCAUGGGAACUUUUUUGUCCGAUCUACUGACUUACUGUCUCUCGCCAACGUCAAUCCUGAUGCUGGGUUUGCAGUACAAAUGUCCAUUGAGGAGAGUCUGACUGACACAUCUUUAGCUUGUUUUCAAACUGCUCUUUUGUACACUUCCAGCAAAGGUGAACGUCGAAUUCGAGUGCACACACUUUGCUUGCCUGUAGUAAAUUCACUGACUGAUGUGUAUGCAGGAGCUGAUGUACAAGCAGUUGUAUGCCUCUUAGCAAACAUGGCUGUGGAUCGCUCAGUUUCAUCUAGUCUUCCAGACGCAAGAGAUGCCUUAGUUAAUGCUGUGGUAGACUCUUUGUCAGCAUAUAUGUCAACUGCCUCAAACCUGCAGCAGUCUAUGCUGAUAGCACCAAAUUCCCUCAAGUUGUUUCCACUCUAUGUUUUGGCUCUCCUCAAACAGAAAGCUUUUAGAACAGGCACUAGUACGCGCUUAGAUGAUCGUGUUUAUGCAAUGUGCCAGAUAAAGAGUCAGCCUCUUGUCCACAUGAUGAAAAUGAUACAUCCCAACCUGUACAGAAUAGACAAGUUGAUUGAAGAGAGUACAAUACAUGUGAAUGACAGAGUUGUUCCUCAGCCUCCUCUUCAGAAGUUAUCUGCAGAGAAGUUGACAAGAGAAGGAGCUUUCCUUAUGGAUUGUGGUUCAAAUUUUUAUAUUUGGAUUGGAAAGAACUGUGAUAACAACUUCAUAAAAGAUGUCCUCGGAUAUCCAAACUAUGCGUCAAUACCCCAGAGAAUGACGCAGCUUCCCGAGAUAGAUGCACUUUCUUCAGAAAGGACACGAUCUUUCAUAUCCUGGCUUAGAGACAACAGACCUUUAAGUCCAGUUCUUCAAGUAAUAAAGGAUGAAAAUCCUGCCAAAACAGAUUUUUUUCAGCAUUUAAUUGAAGAUCGGACAGAAGCAGCUUUCUCUUAUUACGAAUUCUUACUGCAUAUUCAACAGCAGAUUUGUAAGUGAACAAAAAAUAGACCGGAAAAAAAGAACCCAGCUCCAGGUAGCAUUGGCCGAGAGAAGCGUACGGGAAGCGGCAGAAGUGGGUGUUUGUUCUUCACGAUAUGUAGUAACCAGGACUGUUCUGGAAACUUUACAGCUGAAGUAGAAGUGUACGUUUCCAGAGGAAUUUUCCAGAUAUACUUCAGUGUAAAAGUGCUAGGAGCAAUGGAGCUGUUUCACUAGUAAUCUUUGAAUUGGUUUAUACACGUUUCCAGUAGUGCAGCGGUAUGGUGCUCUGUUUAUUGCAAGCUGGUGAAUUUAUGUAGCUAUGUGGGAUAUUUCCUAACGAAAUGUACAAUUAAGUAAAGCCUUUUUUCUUACGUUUGUUAUGGUAGCCCUUCAAAAUUCGAAUUCUUAACCAAGAUGUCAAAGGGCAGUGCUGUAUGUUGGUUGUUUAUAUGAAUUUCUUUUUAAAAGGAAUGAUUCGUAUUUACUAGAGACUUCAGCAAAUUCCCUGCGAAAGUUGUAGAAUUUCACUAAAGUAAAAUAAUUGUAGAAAUGAAAUAUAUAAUGUACAUAAGUGUUACAUUUGUAAAGAAAAUGUAAAAAUGUAACUAAAAAAAGACUUAGUUUAGUGUAUGGAAUUGUUGAGUGUUCAAUGAUGAAUUGUUUCGGUCUCAAGUUGACUAUUAAAACAUGCUUAAAAAAAAUCCGUGUAGAAAGAACACAACUUCUUGUUCCGUUUAAUUUUUAGGCGAAUUUAUUUCUGAUUGGCUUACUAAUUAAAAAUAUUUUGCUUUAUCGUGUCUUUUUUAUAUCUCUGCAAGUAUCACGUUUUUGCAACUGAACUCUAACUGAACGACAUGCCGUGGAGAACAUGCUUACCACUUUUUCUUCACAGACAUCCAAAACCGUGGAAUGGUUUUAAACUGAGACAGGGGCAGUUUGGGUUAGAUAUGAGGAGGAAGUUUUUCACACGGGAGUGGUGACACACUGGAACAUGUCGCCCAAGGAGGUUGUGGAUGCCCCACCCCUGGAGGCAUUCAAGGCCAGGCUGGAUGUGGCUCUGGGCACCCUGGUCUGGUGGCUGGCGACUCUGCACACAGCAGAGGGUUGAAACUUGAUGAUCUUUGAGGUCCUUCUCAACCCAGGCCAUUCUAUGGUUUUCUAACCUGGAAGGGAGGAACAAACGUUGCAUAAUCUGAAAUGAGCUAUCAAUACAAUGGCUAAAGUUGCUGAAACUCUCCCUGUGUGUUAACCUAAAGACAUAUCUGUUAACCUUAUUUAUUUUUUGUAAACUGCUAUAGUCUCGGUUCAGGCUUCUGUACUUUAUUUUGUCUGCAAUUAGAGUAAACAGAGGUAGUCACCCAGUCUGACCUGAUGCAAUUAUUUCUGCUGUGAUAUAGAGAGGAAAAAACAAGGGAGGAGGAGAAUAAAUGAACUUGCAACAAUGAAAGUGAAGGUAUUAAAAUGACUUUAAAUUGCCAAAUGACAUAAUUGUUUCAUCUUUCUGAAGCUGUCUUCUUGUUAAUGUUUUAUCAUAUGGUGGAGUUUCAGAUAGAAUUAGCCCAGAUUUCUAAGUUUUGAUUCAAAGUUAGGAUGGUGUGGUUUUCUUUUGGGUUGGUUUUGUUUGUUUUUUUUCUUUUGAGGUAUAAUAGAAAUAAUACACAAAGCAUAGUCAAUCAUGCGUAGUAGUUGGAACUUUUUCGUUUGCUUAAGGAAAUGUGACUAAAAUGAAAUAAGUAUCCCAAGGUAAUUGGUACGAUUGCAUUUUAUUUUAAAGUGGUAUUUUAAACUAUUAACAUGUUGCGUAACUACCGUAUCCCCUGGAAACAGACCUUGAGUAGUCAAGAGAAAAAAUGUACUAGCUAUGGUUUGUAAAUGCUUUAAAAGCUACACUACUUAAGCUGUUCAAGUGUUAUUCUGCAUGUUAGCACCAACUCACUGUUUGGAGGAAAUACAAUUUGUGUGUUGUCUUUAAAUGUGUUUAAGUUGCCCAAAGAUUACUUGACAAAAAAAAUCUGUUUAGUAAAUGAUCAUGUAAUAAAUGUCUGUGGCAAUGCUGAAUGUUGUUUCUAAGUCAGACCACAAGGAUUUCAGUACCAACGUGCUUCUUCGUAGACGACUUUGCAGUAAUGAAGGCUAUUUGCUGAAGAGUGGAGCAUUUCAAAUAUCACUUGUAAUUGCAAAGAGGAUAAGAACAUCUUUAGGUUGAAAUGCCUCAUGAUAUCUGCUUUUCAUUUGUAUAUGUAAUCACUUCUGUGGAAUCACAAGGUAAAGUUCCAGCCGGAAGAGAGUAAUGUAAAGACAGGCUAUUGGACCCAUGUCAUUCUGAGGCAAUUAACAUGCUUGUUACAUGAAAGUUGAUGGCCUGUAGAUAUAAUUUCAAGUACUGAAACGCAUUACUGCAGCUGUUCAGCUCUUAGAUGCCAAGGUCAAGCAAAGCAUCAGAUUAUGUUCACCUCACUUGUUCAAACACUGACUGUUCUAUGUUUUUUUCCCCUUUAUUUUAAAUUUUUGGGUGGUUCUAUUUGCUCGCGUGUCGCUGGCUCCUCUGUCACCGUCAUGAGGAUGGGAAGAGUUUUGCUGCAGUUCUGGAAGGAGAGGUCGGAGCACUCAUGGACGGCUCGGGAGGGCAGAGCUUGGCACUGGUCACACUCACUCUUGGUGUGCUCUGGUGCCACAUUCUCCAGCUCAUUUUCAUGCCGUGAGCUGCGAUGGAGAUCAUGUACUACGGAGAUGCUCAGGUGUUACUGUGACGGUGAGCAGGUGUAUAAGCACAUGUUUAAGUGUAUUUGUAUGCUGUGCUUUUGAGCAAUAAAGAAGCUACCUCGGGGGUAAAUCA